UUAAAGAUGAACUAUGGUGGUUUUGAUGAAGAGUUUGCUUAUACUCCAGGAGAAUUGAAGAAGAAAAAGAACCCUCAACAGUUAUGGCUGGGCCAUAAUUAUGUUAACAUUAAUCCAGCAAACCAAGAAGAAGAUGAAGGAAUGAUAGAUGUUAGGAAUUACUAUGAAUUUGAGACUCCCCUCCCUAACCCAAAAAUUCGCAAGCAUAAAGCUCAAUUAUAUUCCUUCCAAAAGAAGCCUCCUUUAAACCAUAAUAACCAUAAAUAAGAUUAAAUCAAUGGCACAAGAAUACACUAACUCUAUUGUAAGAUUCAAGAAGCGAUGUCGAAGGUCUUCAAAAGUUAAAUUCCCAGCUAAGCUGAUUAGGUCCUACGAGAAAAAAAUUAUAUCAAAGUAUUCGAGAAAUCUGGGCACCACAUUUUCAAAAUCAAAUUCAGAUCUUGAAGCUUCCCUUGAUUACUGCAGAAAUAACUUAUAUACAUAUUUGGUUGAAGCAAAUGAGCUUAAUCAAGAGCAAAUAGACAAUGAGUCUUCAGAAGAAUUUUUAUCUAGAGACUCUCUUGGAGAUCAACUCCAUGAGGCUCAAGAUUCUCAUGAAGGCCAGAAUCGCAAUGAUCUCAAUGGUUAUCUUGAGCAUACCACACUAAAACCUCAAAAUAGAAAGAAAGAGUCAAAUCUAAGUCAUGCUAGUGACAAUCCUAAAAAUAAUACACAAGGAUAUCACUUUAAAAACCAAUACAGUCGAACAAUUCCUGCGAAGAAAGCAAAAGUUAUUAAUUUGAGUAAAUAACAAGAGUUCAUCAAAUAAGAGCCCCACCAAUAAGGGAGCCAGCAUAUUGUCUAAAUAACGUCGACCUUCAGAACUCUAAAAUUGCGAAAUAAAACAGAGAAAUCUAGCACUAUGAUUAAUCCAGAUAAUUCCACUUUACAAAAAAGCCAUAUUUCCGAUGCUCAAAAGAUCCUAUCGACUGGGAAGAAGCUGAUUACUGAUCUGAAGGGAAACAAUAAAUCGCUGAAUGGUGAGAAACUGGAAAUGAUAAAUAAUAAAUUUCAGCAACUAUAUGCAGCUUAUAAGAACUCUAAGAAACAGCCUCAAAGCAAUCAUUCCUCAAAAUCGAGAAAGUCCCAGAAGACCCGAACCAAUGAAUCUAAAAUUCAGGACUCUAAUAAUGUGAGUAAGAUAAAGAAAGGGCAUAUUCGAAGGUAUUCUAAAAGGCAAUCAAGAGAAGCCAUUCAGCUAUUCUUGUUCAAAAAGAGAAUGAAUUUACAAUCAUCAAACAAAAGCACCAAUUCAAAUGGGAAGAUCCUUGAGAGCUCCAUGCUAUCAGGAUCCUCAUUUGUUCAAACUAGUAGUACUCCAAAUGUUGAACAACGAGAGGAUCAAACUGAAUAUUCUGAAUAUUCCACUUCUCAAAUUCCUAUAAGUAAAGUCCGAAGCACGCCAGUGGAAAGUUGGAGAAAGUCUCAGGCCCAUAAAAAGAACACCCGCUUCAUUCUCAGUGAUAACCAAAAUAGGAUGGAUAUCUCUGAGAGUAUGAACUCCCAAAGUCCUUCCAAUAGAAGAGAAAUGAACACUAUUCAAGUUGAUAGAUUGAAGACCCGUGAUGCUCAGCAUGCUUUUAAGAUGAAACCACCUAUAAGUAGCUCUUUCCAGGAGGAUAAGAUGAAUACUGAGAAACACAAAUUGUCUCUUUCAAGCUCUCUGUCAAAACCUUUUGAAUAUCAUGAAAGGAACAGAAGGCCUAGCUCCAAUGUUUCAAAUAAUCUUGUAGGAAAUUCCUCAUUUGUUCCUCUUCCAAAGCCGGGAGUUCUUCGUACAAAGUCAAUCUUAAAAGUUCGGACCAGCGACAACUUGGAUAAGUCAACCGGAGAUCAGCACUCUUUCUCGAACAAGUACCAAUUUAAUAGCUUCCCAAAUAAGAAAUCAAGUGAGGGCAAAAAGAGCAGACAAGCUCCUCAAUUUGGAUUUAAUUCAAACCUACAAAGAGCCAAGACCAAAAUGAGGAGACUUGAGACCCAAUCAAAAAUUACUGAGGAGGAAGAUGGAAGCUCCGAGGAAUUUAGCAUUUAAAAUG